GCGGGUUCUCCUCACACAAAGGCGCUGCGGUGAGAAAAUGGCGGCGGCAGCGGCGGCGGGUCCGGAAAGCGGCGGCAAAAUGGAGGAGCCGGCGGCGGCCGCGGGGGCAGCCAACGGCGCGGGCAGCGCCGGGGACGGCCCCGCCAAGAGUGAAGGUGAACGACCAAGCCAGAAUGAAAAAAGGAAAGAGAAAAGUGUCAAAAGAGGGGGGAAUCGCUUUGAACCAUAUACCAACCCAGCUAAAAGAUAUCGAGCUUUUAUUACAAAUAUUCCAUUUGACGUGAAGUGGCAGUCUCUCAAAGAUCUGGUCAAAGAGAAAGUUGGUGAGGUAACAUACGUGGAGCUCUUAAUGGACGCUGAAGGAAAGUCAAGGGUAAGUGUUUGAGAGAAUUUCUUCUGUGGAUUUACUACAUGACAAAUGUAACUGUAUGGUGGCGUGGAACCGAAUGAAAUCAGGAAGGUAGAGAGUGUGGAUGUAUAGUG